AUGGCGAGUGGGGAGGGAGAGCCAACCAGUGUAGCUGAAAGUGAUUUAACACCUUCCACCUCGAUGGAAAUCGAGGACAGAGAAACCCAAGUUCCUGACAACCAUCCUACUGAGGCUGUUUGUGAUAGCAGCACCGACGUAACAGGGGACAGAGUGCCCGAAGUUGCUGUGGAACAUGGAGAUCCAACUGAUGCGGUUAGCAGCAGCGUGGAGGCUGAGAAAAAGACUACUCCAAGCGAAACACCAAACAAACCACCCAGCCAACCAACAAGCCGACCCGCAGGGAAAAAGACCGGUAGAAGCGUGACCGAACCUCCCUAUGAACUUGAGAACCAUUUUAUAAUGCGUCUGCCUAUGGAACAUGCUUGUACUGUUAGGAACCUAAUACAUUCCAGAAGUGUCCCUAUGAGGAAUAAACUGAAAAUUGACUUACAUUCUGAUGGACGUCAUGGGAUUGUUCAGAUAGAAAAUGUCCGACUAUCUGCUAAAAUGGUUGAUUUGCCUUGUGUUAUUGGAAGCUUGAAAACUCUUGAUAAGAAAAGCUUUUAUCAAACGGGGGAUAUUUCCCAGAUGCUUGUGUGCAAUGAUGGUGGUGUCCAGCCAUCUCCAGAGGAAGCAGUUACUUCCACCAACCAUAGCAUGACUGGGACUAAUAAUGAGGAAAAAAAGAAAAAAUAUGCCUGGAAACAUGGUAUUGCGGCACCACUUAAGAAUGUCAGAAAGAGAAGGUUCCGAAAAGUCAAAAAAAAGGUCCCUGAUGCCAAGUCAGCUGAAGAAAUGAGCUUUUUUGAGGAACUGGGUACUUCUCCAAAAAACAAGGGGUUAAAUGACAGUAGUAGUAGUUCCUCCCAAACCCUGCUUCAGUUCAUUGACUCUCCAGAAGUGGAAAAGGAAGUGAAGAGACUGCUCUUUUCAGAUGCUGAAGCCAUCAACAUACGAUGGGAAGUUGUUGCUGAUGAGGAAAACAAGGAAACAGAAUUUCAAAGAUGCCUUUCAGACUCUCCAGUAUCUCCAGGAACUGGUGACUAUAAGGAGAAUUAUAGCUUAUCAGAAUAUGAGAGACUGCGGAAGAUGUUCAGUGAUUCUAGCAGUAGCAGUGAAGAUGAUGAUAAAUGUAACAAAGAUGAAGGAGAUGAUGAUGAUGAACUCAUAGAGGUGGAAGAAGAGGAAGAUGAUGGUUUUGAAGAGGAUCAAGAAAGGAUACUACGAGCCAGAAUUCUCGAAGUCAGGAAGUGUGAAAGAAUAGAAGAUACCUGUGAGCUAGUUUUGGAACUUCAGAAGCAGAUUUAUUUUAAGGAGAAAAAACUGCAAAGGAUUCAGAACAAAGCAGAAAGACAGAAGACGAUCAUCAGGAAAGUGGAUAACCUACCCCUAAAGGCUCAUUUGCAUUCUGUGCUGGAGCAGCUUAGGUUACAAGAAAAGGAAAGGCAGAAUCAGCUUUUUUUCCUUCAGGAACAAUUGAGGUACUUUCAGAAGAAGUGA